CCUGUUGUAAGCUGUCUGUCAAGUGAAGAGGCUGGGGCUUUCGGCUUGACGCUAUUUGGCCUCAACAGCUCCGGCCUAAAGGUUUAAAGGAGGUGCAUUUGAAAUAUACUUUACGUCGCCAAAUGAGAAAGUAAUGUAUCCCUGGUUUACUUAGAACAGGGAGUUCCGCACUUUCACAAAUUAAUGUACAGAGGGGUAGAGGUGCUAGAUAACGUUACCCACAAACUAUCAAUCUCGUUGGUGUUUCUGUCGCAGCUUCUGCUUGUCUUUACACUUUCUGAUUUUGGGGGAUACAAUGGGGGCGUUUUUGGACAAGCCAAAGAUGGAGAAGCACAAUGCUCAUGGUGAGGGGAACCGUCUGACCUAUGGCCUGAGCAGCAUGCAGGGCUGGAGGGUGGAGAUGGAGGAUGCCCACACGGCAGUCAUUGGCCUGCCUCAUGGGCUCGACCCUUGGGCCUUCUUUGCGGUUUAUGAUGGGCAUGCUGGCUCCCAGGUGGCUAAAUACUGCUGUGGGCACCUUCUGGAGCACAUCACCAGCAACCCAGACUUCCAGAGUGCUCUGGAGCCGGAACCCAACGUAGAGAGUGUGAAGACCGGCAUCCGCACAGGUUUCCUGCAGAUUGAUGAGCACAUGCGGUCCAUCUCUGAGAAGAAGCACGGUGUGGACCGCAGCGGCUCCACCGCGGUGGGGGUCAUGAUUUCCCCAGGUCACAUCUACUUCAUCAACUGUGGAGACUCCCGGGGUCUUCUUAGCCGUGGAGGAGCUGUGCACUUUUUCACACAGGACCACAAGCCCAGCAACCCACUGGAGAAGGAGAGGAUCCAGAACGCAGGUGGCUCUGUCAUGAUCCAGCGAGUAAAUGGCUCUCUGGCAGUAUCCCGGGCACUGGGAGACUUUGACUACAAGUGUGUGCAUGGCAAGGGCCCCACGGAGCAGCUGGUUUCACCAGAGCCUGAGGUGUAUGCCAUUGAAAGGUCUGAGGUGGAAGAUGAGUUCAUCGUCCUAGCCUGCGACGGCAUCUGGGAUGUCAUGGCCAAUGAGGAACUUUGUAACUUUGUCAGGUCCAGGCUUGAGGUGACCGAUGACCUUGAGAGAGUCUGCAAUGAAAUUGUUGACACUUGCUUGUACAAGGGGAGUCGGGACAAUAUGAGUGUUGUGCUGAUCUGCCUCCCAGGGGCUCCAAAGGUGACUGCAGAAGCUGUGAAAAGGGAAGCGGAGCUGGAUAAGUACCUGGAAAGCAGAGUAGAAGAGAUCAUAAAGAAGCAGGGAAACGAAGGGGUUCCAGACUUGGUCCACGUGAUGCGGACGUUAGCAUCGGAGAGCAUCCCUAACCUCCCUCCUGGGGGAGAGCUGGCCAGCAAACGAAGCGUUAUUGAAGCAGUGUACAACAAACUCAACCCAUACCGAGGUGAUGACGCAGACUCCGCAUCGACAGACGACAUGUGGUAACACAACCCCUACCACUAACACAGCACAGAGUUUACAAACCUCUACCCUCAAGAAUCACAGCAGCUCCAUUCAGCAGCUUGUCUCCCCACCACUCUGAGCGUUCCAUUUGUAAGAAGGGAAUAUGAUGGGAGGAGGAGGAGAUGCGCACACAUCCCAGAUAGAGCAGCACCAGUCAGCUCUGGAGUUCAGAAUCCCCUCCAUUUUGUCUCUCCUUUUAUUUUCAAUCCCACACUUAACCUGUUGGGACUCUGUAGUUGUAGUUAUGUUUUAGGUUUUCUUUUCUUUUUUAAUCAGUUAAAACAACUAUUUUGGUCUGUAAUUUCCUUGUUUGUAUAUUUCUGUUUUGGUGAAGUGCAAUUGUCCUGUACAAAGCCUGUAUUUAAUACAGCUUGAGUUAAAGUUAAAAGAAAAAAAAACCUUUAUACACUAUCAGCCCUUUUCCUGCUCUUCUGGAGUUCCAACAAAUGUCUAUUCAGUGAAUAUUACUGUUUGUCCUCCAGGUGAUUGCUCUUUUUAUUUUGUUUUGUUUGUCUUUGCUCUUUAAGAAACGGGUAAAUUGUAUAGGUUCACAGCACAGUAAGCUCUCUAAACCAUAAAUUCUAAUAUCUACAUUUCUUUUGUUUUGUAUUUAAAAAAUAUACAUAGUGUAGUAACUAUGGUACUACAGUCUUUCAUUGUGUGUUCUGUCUUUUGGGGGCAAUUCUUGUUCAUCACCUGUAAACAACGCAACAAAGCAGUUCCUAGAUGCAAAUGAAGAUGAGCUCACCUGACACCUUUUAACACUUGUGGUGUGUGUGUGUGCCUGCCUGUGGGUAGUGGCAAGUGUUUCUAGGUGCUUGUGUGCGUGCACAUGUUUGUAUAGAGGUAGAUCUGUAUAUCUGUAGCUGUUAGCUAAUGUUUGCUAUGGUGGUGCAGAUUAUGGCAAAUGUUUCUCCAUUACUCCUACAUACCUAUUGUGCACCUGUCUUGUAUAUCAGUACGAUACUACCCUUUGCUUUGGAGAACACUUUAUAUGACACUGGAUGGAUUAAGUUGACUUUUUGCUAUUUUUAACUUAUGACAUCUGCCACAACCAUUUUGUAAUUCUACGGACAUGCAGUGAUUUAUGCUAGUCUGACUAGUUUACAUGUUCAUGUAAGAAUUUUUUUAAAUAAAUGUAAUAUGUCACAGAUGCACAUAUUUCAGCUUUAUGAUGGCCCAGCAUGCCAAGUGAAGUUUUCUGAGAUUCAGUGCAUUUUAUUUGUUAAAAGCCUGCGUUUGGUACUGAGAGGAGUUCAAAUCACAACAUCUAUAUGAUAAUCUGAUUUUACAAGUGUAUAAGUGCCGAUUUUGUUAAAAUUCCUAAUUACCACCAUCAGUCUGAGUGAACCUUCAAUCUUCCCUUAACAAUUUCGAGGUGGUAUUUUUUUUAAUUGUUCCGAUAUUCAACUAUACAACCAAGAACAAAUCCACUGAAUGCAAUGAGCUGUCCUAGAGUACCUUAUAUUUACUCUGAGUGGUUUGGGGGGCUCUGUGUAGAGUCCUCAGCCACUGCACCAGGAGCCUGUGCACAAUAUGGUAUGCUUCUAAAGUGUGUAUGAUUUUGCUGUAUAUCUUUCCCUUAAAAAAAAUCAAAUGAAUAGUUAGACUAAAUCUGUAUUUUACAUGCAGAUGUAUUUCUUGGUGAGAUGUUUUUUAUUUUGAACUGCAUUGCUGCAAGUCUUUUCUGACCUAUUGUCAAGGAAUAAAUCAUGUCACUUGAGUUAAAUGCUUGGUUAGCAAAAUACUCUUGUUUUUGAAUGUUGAAUCAAUUAGAAUUGAGCGCUGUAGGUAAAUGUGUCCUAAUCCCCUUAGGUUCUGUCCUGUUUGUCUAAAUCAGGUUUUCCCAAACUUGGUCCCCAAUGCACGGUUUGUUUUUUUUCCCCUAGAACUACACAGCUGAUUUCAAAUAAUUAAAGCUUGAUGACAAGUUUUUUAUUUAUCAGCAGCAGAGUGCUAGGGCAAAAAACUGAAUGUGCACCCAAGGGACCCAGGACCAAGUUUGGGAAACACUGGUCUAACACAGGGUAAUGUACUGAAUUUAUAAUUUCUCUUUAACAAACUGACAAUCUAAUGAUGUAACUUCUAACAACAAACUACCACGUUGACUCCUGAAUUUGACCCCAAGAUAAACAGUUUAGAGAUGGCUUGAUAUGCCACCCUUGUUGUUUUUUAUCUGUACCUGCAGUUUUCUGAGCUUGCCAUAUGGGCAAUUGAUACAGCUGUAAUGUCAAUUAUACUUACAAUUUUGUUAAAGGGUAAACCAGUCUAACAAUGCCUUCAUAAUUUUAAGCAAUGAAUCUGAUGAAGUGAUUAUGUAGUCAUUGUUGAGAUGCAAUAUACCCAUUUGGUUCAACUGUCACAGCUACCCAAGUCACUUUUCCAAAUUGAGAAAGAAAUGUGGUUGAAUUGGUAAAUGUCUUUCUUUACUGUGAUUUUGUGUGAAGGGAACCAAGUUUUAGGAGUGCAAAGAGGCGUGAACAACCGUAAUACAAGCCCUAGCUUUUUUUUAACGUCUGUAUAGUUGUUUAGGAUCUUAGCUUAAGGAGUGCAACAUUCGGUUACGCUGUUGUCCUUUUUAUAAGCUAAAGUAUUUUCUACAGAAAUACUACAGUAUGUAUAUUGUUUUUCAUUUACGAAAUGAUGUAACCAAGGAAAAUCGGUCUUAACCUGUUUUGCAGGUUUAUUCUUUUACUGUCAGUUUUUUUUUAUAUAUAUAUAUAUUUUUUUUUUACAAGACUUGAAAUAAAUACUUUUUUAUUUCCGAAAUGCAUUAACUUAAUCUUUUGGCUAGCCAGACAUUUUUCUGUUAUCUGUACAACUUAACACUGAUUUUGUGCUGCCCUGCUGUUGUUUAAGGAGUCAGCUUUAAGGUCAGCAUUCUGUUGUCAACACACCAGUUUUAAUGUGGGCUACUCGCGUACUGUCGGACUUGCGUAGUGACUAAGGUUUUAGGUUCAUGUAAGGCGUCAUCUCUGUCAUAUUCUUAUUUAAGCCUCAUAAGGAAUAUAUUUAUAUUGGAGUAAGAGAUUUUAAUGCUUGCACCCAUAUUGUACAUAAUAUUGAUGUACCUCAGUUGUGGUGAUACUGUGUGACCCUUUGGCAGUGGUGGGUUGUGUCCCCUUUAACAGGGGGCCUGAACCCAAUGUUGCUGACCUUUUCAGCUCACUAAUAAGCUCACCGAUUUGCCUUACCCAAUCUAACUCAACCCCCUAAAGUACUUGUUCAUUGGAACACUUCAAGGAGUAAUUUCAAAUUGGGUUUCAAAGUUAGGGUACUUCUCUACAAAGUGGCAUACUAUGUUGGUAGUCACAUGGUACACCUUGUCAUUUUUGGUUUAUAUUAAAAAUAAAUGUUACUUAUUUAAUCUUUUGAAAUAUUAUUUGAAUUGUUCAGUCCUGCAGAUGUCCUACUUUCAGCAAAUGCAAGUGUUAAAUAAUUGGGUAACCUCGUAAGCAUUUGCAAUGUGCGUACAUGUCUGCUAUAUUUAUGAAUGCAUUCAAGAAUAGCUUUAGUGCUGUAGAUAAGUAUUGUCUAUGUUGAUUCAACUGCUUCUCAGAGGCCUCUGACUACAAAGUUCAAAAACUGUAUAUUUUGUAUUAUGUUCUAGCUCGGAUAAAAUAAAAUGUUAAAGCUUUGUUCCCUGAACUUUAUUGUGCUAUGUGAGUCGAUUGAACAAAUUGCAUUCCUUGCUUGUGAAUUUAUGCGUUCUCGUAUUUCCCUGAUCUUCUUAGUUUUUUUGUUUGUUGCCUUUUUGAAUUUUGAAAUAAAAUUUCUAGUUUGCAGAAUGUACCACAAAAUAAACGGGUUGUUACCUUG